AUGAGCGCGGAGGCGGCCCAGGCGGGGUCCCGCGCCGGCACAGCGGCCCCGGGGCCCGGCGCCGGCAUGCGGCCGCCCUCCGCCGCCCUCUCCCCGCGGACGGCGCCGGAUGGCGGCGGUCUGUUCGGUUGGCUGCGCGGGCGCUGCCUGGGCCGCAGCGCCGCCGUGGACCCGGCGCGGGACAGCUUCCGCGCCAUGACCGGGCUGUACGGCUCCAUCCAGCCCGCCGACUCCGUGUACCUCAGCACCCGCACGCACGGCGCCGUCUUCAACCUCGAGUACUCUCCGGACGGGUCUGUGCUCACUGUUGCUUGUGAACAGACUGAAGUGCUGCUUUUUGACCCAAUAUCUUCAAAGCACAUCAAAACUCUCUCUGAAGCUCAUGAAGAUUGUGUAAAUAAUAUCAGGUUUCUAGAUAAUCGGCUUUUUGCAACUUGUUCUGAUGACACUACAAUAGCACUUUGGGAUCUGAGGAAGCUGAACACAAAAGUGUGCACUUUACACGGUCACACCAGCUGGGUAAAGAACAUUGAGUAUGACACCAAUACAAGACUGCUGGUGACAUCAGGAUUUGAUGGAAAUGUGAUCAUCUGGGACACAAACAGGUGCACUGAAGAUGGAUGUCCCCACAAGAAGUUUUUUCACACCCGUUUUCUUAUGCGAAUGAGGUUGACACCAGACUGUUCCAAAAUGCUGAUCUCCACAUCCUCUGGCUAUCUUCUGAUUUUGCAUGACCUUGAUCUAAACAAAACUCUAGAGGUUGGCAGCUACCCUAUUUUAAGAGCUAGGAGGACUGCAUCAAGUUCAGAUAUAACAUCCUCGAGUCUGUCCAGUCCUCGAGCCGUUGGUUCCCCAUGUCACCAGAAUGAUUCGAGUCCACUAUCUGAGAAGCAGAUGUCACGGUCCUCACAGCGAGAAGGUGGAUCACCUAGAAAUAGUUUGGAGGUCUUAACACCAGAAGUUCCUGGUGAGAGAGACCGAGGCAACUGCAUUACAUCCCUACAGCUACAUCCGAAAGGGUGGGCUACCCUUCUUCGGUGCUCAAGUAAUACAGAUGACCAGGAGUGGACUUGUGUCUAUGAAUUCCAGGAAGGCGCCCCCGUGCGCCCCGUCUCGCCUCGCUGCUCCCUGCGCUUGACUCACUGCAUCGAAGAGGCCAACGUGGGCCGGGGUUACAUCAAAGAGCUCUGCUUCAGUCCCGACGGCCGGAUGAUCUCGUCCCCGCACGGCUUCGGGAUCCGCCUGUUGGGCUUUGACGCGCACUGCAGCGAGCUCGUUGACUGCUUGCCCAAAGAAGCCAGUCCCUUGAAAGAAAUCCGUUCCCUGUAUUCUCACAAUGAUGUGGUACUGACAACAAAGUUUUCUCCAACCCACUGUCAGAUUGCCUCGGGGUGCCUUAGCGGACGCGUUUCUUUGUAUCAGCCAAAGUUCUAGGCGCACUGUACGUCAGCGGGACCUUCACGUGUUUGUGUUCUAACUUCAGCUUAGUUGAAGUGUGCUCUUUUGAAAUCCCGUAAACCCGGACGAGAUCAUAGUUCGCGUGGUCUCAGUGAUAAUGGUGUGAGUUCCUGGUGCAGCACUGUAUGCAUUCUCAUACUGCAUCUGCAAGUCAGGCUCCAUGCGUUGUGUUUUCGGCCUUAUAGGCAGACCUUAGCUGCUUCUGACCCUGUGCCAUCAAGUCGUCGUUCUGUUUGGUUUUGUACUGUAGUACUUGCUGGUAAUUUUCUUCAGCAUGACUUGAAGUGGGCUGUCUGGAAGAAACAUAGGUGGGAUGCAGGUAGGAGCUCAGCCACCACUCACCCAGGCUUCCCUGGUGCAGCACCUCUCUGUUCCAGAGGACUCUCCCUUGCUGAAGCUGCCAUACAGUAAUUGUUAGAUAUUGAGCAGGCUUUGUGUGUGCUAAAUUAGUUGGCACAAAAACACAGAAAGAAAUUGUUUUGCAUUAAUUUGUAUAUUUUUUUUGUGGUUGGCUAGAAAGUUGGUCAGCUUUCUGUAAUGUUUUGCUGUACUAAAAAAAUCUUUGUAGACUGCUUUUCCUUGAAUUAUUAGUAGAAGGAAGAGGCUUCCAGGUAACAGCAGUACAAUUAGGUGACAGCCCCAAGAUGCACCAGGGGAGGUUCGGGUUGGGUGUAAGGAAAAACAAGUUCUCCAGAAGAGUGGCCGGGUGUUGGAAUGGGCAGUGGCCCAGGGAGGUGUUGGGGUCACCAUCCCUGGGAACGUGCAGGAGCUGUGGCACUAAGGAACAAAGUCAGUGGGCACGGCAGGGCUGGGCUGGGCUUGGGAUCUUCUUGGUCUUUUCCAAACAUAAGGAUUGUAUGGUUCUACAGAUUGAGACACAGCUGCAUUUUUUCCUCAGAUUGAGUCAGAAAUGCCUGGAGCAGAGCAACAGGAGCUGAAUAGGUAAACCUCUUCAGCUGCAUCCGCUGCACAUGAACCUUAGGGAAUGUUUCUUACAGUGUGUAAGAUUAAUUGGCAACUUUUAGUCCUCAGCCAGUAGGAUUUCUUUUGUGGGAAGCUUUCCACAUCAAUUACAUAAACCUUCAUCCUGUGUUGGAGAAUGAGCAGCACAGAAUUCUUGCUUAGGGCCAUUAGGUCUUCUGACUGCUCUGCACCUCAUGUUACAGCAGGAGUUCCUUUUGGGAGUGUCUGUAGUACAACCAGACAAGUAUUGCUUCACAAGUGUAGUCACUGGAACAGAUUAGAACCAUUCCUGUCUAAAGAUCUGUGUGGAUUUAAGUGGGGUAAUUAUAAAAUCUGAAAUGUGAUUUAAGGGAGAACAGCGGCAACUGAAGUAGGAAUGCCAAGGUUUAACCCUUAGGUUCAUCACAGGCUCCAAGACAGGUGGGGGUGGGGGUUAGGGUUGGGGGGUGUCCCCAUGGGCUGGCACAGGCUGCUGCUGUGGGAAGGAGCCCUGCCCACGGCAUGGUGCUGGGCCCUGGUGAUCCUUAAGGAUCUCCGCUACAGUUUUAAGUUUUUGAUGAAUUUUUAUUUAAAAACAAAAAAAAAAACAGCAGGAAAAAAACUCUUCAGCACUGGGUGUUUGAUCAUCUGAGGACUGUUAGUUACCUCCUGCACUGGGCUUUCAGUACCUCCAGCGGCUGGCUGCUGAAGGGCUGCCUUCAAAUGGCUUAAUGUAUUGACAGAACUCCCAUCAAAUUAUCAUCUCAGCUGGAGGAGCAGAGUGCCCUUAACCUGAUGUGCAGCAGCCCGUGGCCUUCUCAGACAGCAGAGCAGUAGAACAUUUUCAGACCUUCUGGGCUGCUCUCUCGUUGCUGCCUUGAACUCAAGAGCACUGAUGAAGUAGCAGAUGAGGACAUGCCUUAUUUUCCAGGGCAGAGCAUCAGCCUUGGUUUCAGACAGUUGUCACUUUAGAAUGCUCUUGGAGCUGUGUGUGAGGAGCACGGUUCUCCAGAAGGAUGCUGUUUGUGUGUGCAGCUGAGCUCUGACAUAACUACUCUUCCCAUUUCUCUGUGGUGAGCUUUAGCUGGAACUGGGAGAUUGCAGUCAUUUGACUACUCCUUUUCUGCGGUACUCGGAAGUUUUCAGUCAAAUCUAACAUAUUUCACCCGUGGGUUUCAGAAAGCACUUGUAGAAACACCAGUGAAUGAUUUAUGACUGGGAUGGGUUGCUGUUUCAGCUCGGUGGAAGCAGUGGUAUUCAGGUUUUGCCUCUCUGAAUCAUUGCCUUGCGAAGAAAUGUGUUGCUGAGCUUUUAGAUUCACUCUAAUUAGCCAAAAAUGUUACUGUGCUGAAAAAGACGAAUCCCUAACCUUGCACCCUUAAAAUUCAGUGUCCCAGCUCCAUCAACCUGCCUGUCCCAAGCAUAGGAAAUUGUUUUAUUUGAUGUAUUAAAGUCUGCACUAAGAGCCAAGUACAGCAGUGGCUUCAAACGUGUUUACUUUUGACCUCUCAAGCGUUACAGCGCGUGAUAGAUUUUGCAGUUUUUCUGAGCAGGAUGGAGCUCCUUGAUUGUAAAGCAUGCAGAUAUGUUUUCUAAAUGCAUGGUUUCGUAUUUAUUGAUUUCCACAGUACAGAAAUUCCCUCGUUCACGGCACAGCUGGUCAGCAGAAGCGGAUAGGCUGCGUCGUCGAGGUCUCUGCGUGGCACUGUCAGCUCUCAGCAGUGCGUAUGGAACCAAACCAGUGCCCGAAGGUAGCUCUCCUUUUGUAAUAGUCCAGUGGCUGUUGUAGGAGUAAAUGCAUUUCCCACCUGUUCCAUUGGAGGUUAGUCUUUGCAUUGUUGUAGGUCUGUUACGCGUUUGUAGGAAAGGAGGAAGAAACCUUUAAUGGGACUGUGAAAUGACACCCAUGUCUGUGUACUUUUCCUGUGUGUGAAUUUCAGUGUAUCUGCAUCCACUGGGCAUCAUCGGUCCAACAGGGGUAGUUCAGGGAAAAACAAAACCUUCAUCAGAAUUACUGGGGAUAAAGCACAGUGAUACUGACACUCAUUUGUUUGCACUCUUUGAGACUUGGUAGGGACAAUUUGCCUACCACCAGAAUUGGAAUGUAAACGUCAGGUUUUUUCUGUGUUUGUUUUUUUUUUUUGUUGUUAAUUUGGGCGACACUGGCGUGCAGCAGGUCGCAGCACUGCAAAGUGUGGACCUGCUGCUCCGUAACUUGCCCUCUUGAAAGCUUUUAAGAAUUCUAGUUUACAAGAUUCUAAGAAGUAGGAGUAAAAGAAGGUUGAGAACCCUAAUAUUUUUGUCCUGCAAGAGAAAGAAACUUCUAAUUUCCUGAUCUCGGUCAAUGGUGCAUUUUCUUAUGCACUAGGUAUCUUCAUUUAAGUGUAAAGUUUUUAAUACUAGAACAAAUUGUGCAUGUAAAUAUUUUGAAAUACCUGAGAUUUCGUAGUAUGAAGUGUAGCCUUUUCAUACAAUAUAAAAGUAUCAGAACUGCUCUGAAUAUAUUGUACUUACAGCCGUACAGUAACUUACUAUUUGUGGAACGUUUUCCUUGCUUGCGUAAUAAAUUAAACAUUUAAUAACUCAGCGAAUUAAAAUCUAUUUUAAUGUA